AUGGUAAUUACCUUGAAUGAGUGGCGCGUUUUCUCGAGUACUGUAGUAAUAGUCAUCUGUUUGAGCUUCGCGUGUGGUGCCGAGGCCAUUCGUGUGACCGAGCAGGGCACGGUUUUUAUUGGCGCGGCACAACAUAUUGCUGAGACUGAUGCCCAUUUCAUAUGUAUGACUCUUGACUUGUGGCCGCCGACUAAGUGUGACUAUGGUGUUUGUGGCUGGGUCAACGCCUCUCUGCUAACCCUGGACCUCAACAAUCCAAUCCUCUUCAAUGCCGUUGAAGAGGGAUGUUUGUCAUUGGAUAGAUGGGAUCAAAUACAUUACUUCCUCAAUCGAACAGGGGCUAUCCCGAUUUUCGGACUCAAUCUUCUUGCCGGAAAGGUAAUACUGCCACAUCCAAGACCUCCUACUUCUUCGGACCCGGCCAUUACCACCGGUUCUUGGGACCCCACCAAUUCCGAAGAACUUAUUCGUUACACUCACGAGAAAGAUUAUUACAUAUAUGGUUGGGAGCUUGGGAAUGCAUUGGGAGGAAAACCAGUAGAAAGGGUGAAAGUAGAAGCUGAACAAUAUGUAGCCGAUAUGGCUCGUCUUCAAGAGGUAAUAAAACGCAUUUACGGCACAAAGAGCGGGACUGAUACUCCGGCCAUCAUUGCUCCUGGAGGGACAUUCGAAUACGAAUGGUUCAAAAAGUACAUAACCAAUGCGACUAGACCACCGGGCAUCAUCACCCAACACACGUACCCUCUCGGCUCAGGGUUCGACGAUAACCUCAAGUACAAAAUCCUGAAUGCAAGUGUUCUUGACGAGGGGGCCGAAGUGUUUAGGGGUAUGCGUGACCUUAUCCGGCUAUCCCCAACAAAGACGGUCGCUUGGAUUGGAGAAUCGGGAGGCGUAUUCAACAGCGGCCGUGAUGGUAUCACUAACACGUUCCUCUUCAGUUUCUGGUAUUUGGACCACAUGGCGACUGCAGCCGUUUACGACACCAAGGUGUACUGCAGGCAGUCUUUGAUUGGCGCUAACUAUGCCUUGCUCGACACCACCACCUUUAUCCCGAAUCCAGAUUACUACAGCGCACUUCUUUGGCACCGUUUGAUGGGGAAACACGUUCUGUCGACAAGAUAUAAAGGGACUAGGGACCUCCGUGCAUACGCCCACUGUGCAAAACAAUCCGAUGGAAUUAUUAUACUUCUGAUAAACCUAAGUGGAAGUACCAUAAUCAAGACGAAGGUCGAACUGGCUAAUGGACUCAAAGAGUCGUGGGCUCCUUAUUAUCGUGAACAAGCAUACAGAGAAGAAUACCACCUGAGCCCAAUGGAUGGAAACUUGCAGAGCCGGACCGUUUUGCUCAACGGGAGGCCACUAUUUGUCGGCCCAAGCGGUGCUAUACCUGCACUGAGUCCCAAGAAAGUAGAUGACUUGAAGCCCAUAACGGUUAAUCCACAUACCAUUGCAUUCGUCCAUAUUCCUCAUGCUAUUAUCCCUGCAUGUGUACCAGAAGGAGGCCAUGGCUUUGUUCAUGAUAUGUGAACUCGUAUGAAUUAAGUGCUUGGAACAAGAGAAAUCGAUGUUGUUAAUGAAUUUAGCUUAGGUUGUGUACUUGCGUUGUUAUGCUUGCUGGUUUUAGGUAAUGUGUUCUUGCUCGCAGAGCAAGGCAAAUUGUUGUAAUGUUUGUAUAUCUAGAAUAAAAUGCGCGUUUCGUGGAUGCUAUAUGUACAUCCGAAAUAAUAUUGAUGUGAUACCAUGGUUGUAAAAUCGGACCGGACUAGUGGUUGGACUGGG